AUGCUUAUUAUGAAAAAUUUUGAUAAUCUUCGUGAAUAAUCUUUAUUAUUUUUCGAUUAAGAUUUAGUAUUUUAUUUUAACAAAAUAAAGAAUGAAGAUAUUAAAGAAAAAAUAAAGAAACUAUUUGAGCUUCACAACACUACAAUAAAUUAAUUAUCUAAUGAUUAAUAAAAUUUGAGAAUUUCAGUACAACGUUUAUCAAUAACCUAUGAAAUGAAUGAAAUAUUAAAAUUUUUACAAAAUUUACUUAUUUCUGAAAAAUACGAUUAAUUAAAUUAAAUUUUUGAUGAUCUUUUUUCUCUUUUGUUAACAUUGUUAUUUUAUUUUAACAGAGACAAUAAGGAACAAUAAAUUUCAAUUGAUAUUAUGAAAUCAUAAGUAACACAAUUUGAAAUUAAAAAUAGUAGUUUUUUUUUUGGAAUGUUUUUCAUUAUUUAUUACAUUUUAGAGUAAAUUAAAUAAAAAACAGAAAAAUACUAUAACGAAAAAUAAGAAUAAUUUAAAAAUAUUUCUGAUAAUUAGUUAAACUUGGAUUAGUUAAAACAAUUGGAAUAAGAAACAACUGAUUUAAUUACCAAAUCAAAACCAAUCGAAGAUGAUAUUUAUAGUUUAUUUUUGGAUAGAGAAGAAAAGCCGGUUGUCAGAAUCAAUAAUUUACCACCAGAAUUCAAAGAUCCAAAUGGAUUUGAAAUUAGAAUAACAAAACAAUACGAUUAACUUUAUGUUGAUCCAGAAGAACAUCGAAUUGGAUUAUCUUUGAAUAAAAUACAGAUGGAUGAAAUCUCAAAUUGUAUUUUGAAAACAUUCAGAACUACGGAAUAAAAAAUAGAAUAAGAUGAUGAACAUGGAAAAGAGAACGAAUUAAAAAAACAAUUAAAAACAACGAAGAUUUUAGAAUGGAAUUUAAAAUUGUGGAGUAUGACCAUCGGCUUGUUUGACCAGGUUAAUAAAAAUAUCAAUGAUUCUGAUGAUAUUACUAUUCAUUGUUUUUCACCAUUUAAUUUUGUUGAUACGAAAAAUUAAGAACUGAAUAUUAUUUUAUUAGAAAAGAAAAAUACUGAACUGUUGUGUAGAUUAAUAAAUGAUGAUAAUAUUGAAUUUCAACAAAGUUUAUUCAUUAGAUUUGUAACAGAAAAUAGUUUCGAUUGUUCAGAAGAAAAUAAGAAAAAGAUAUUUUGGUUUUUGUAAAAAUAUUAAUUUUUUAAUGUUGUUUCUAGAAACCUCAAAAAACGAUGA